CAGAGGCAAAGAGGAGUUUCAGAGUAGACUAAUCCAGGACCAAACCAGGACCACAUCGCCAUGGGGACUGGCAGGGACCACCGAAAUGUGAUGAAAACUGGAUUUGGGGUUUUGUUUCUGUUAGCCCUACUUCAGACUGGGACAGACGCACAGGGUUGUCCACCGACUAUUGUGGCGCGCUUCAAUGAGAACAAUACAGUGGGGACAGUGGUCACAACCAUCCCAGUCACUGAAAACGUCGAUCUACAAUAUCAGAGUCCAGACAAGCCGUUCGCGCUUGAUAUGAACAGACUGCUGGUUACUGCGGUUCUGGAUUACGAAGAUAUAAAGAGGUAUGAAGUCACGAUUGGCUGCACGGUUCCAGGACAACCAACGGUACCUUUCAACAUAAUUGUUAUAGUGGAAAAUCUGAACGACAACCCUCCUCGUUUUGGUCAAAGACUUUACACUUUGGACGUCUCUGAGAUGACACCUGUAGGUGAUCUUCUGAUGACAGACAUCAGAGCAACUGACCCGGACAAUUUGGGGCCACUCAUCUACACUCUCACGUCAUCAUCUGAUCUCUUCAGAUUGAAAUCUCCAAAUGACCCUGGGAUUGUUGUGAACAAACCACUAGAUUUUGACAGUGUUAAAACAGUUCAACUGACACUGACUGUUCAGGACGAAGUCCCUGAAAAACCCGGUCACACAGACACCACUACCAUAGACAUCACCAUCACAGACGGGGACAACAGGCCGCCCUGGUUUCAACCCUGCACUGAGAUAGUGGUCCAGGGGAUCAAAAUCUGUCCCAACACAGGCUAUCAAGGGUCAGUCAAACUGGGACAACUAGAGCCUGAGCCAAUACCUCUGAAGCCGAAUAAUAUUUGGGCUAAGGAUGGAGACAAUGGAAUAAAUGAGCCAAUCGCAUACGUUAUUGUCAGUGGAUCUCAAGAUUUCUUUACAAUUGACGCUGAAACUGGAAGCCUCACUAUGGUGAAAGCUGUAAAUGUGACGACAGUUAUCCACAUGACUGUGAUGGCCACUCAAGCUGUAAAUUCACACCAGUUUGCAACGACCAGCGUUAUGAUCAAUGUGUUGGCCUCAAAUCUCCAUCCGCCCCAGUUUGAGAAGGAGCUGUAUGACGCCGUGGUGACGGGAGUCGGGACCAUAGCUAUGGACGCUGCUGACACAAACAACGUGGUGAAAAUACUUGCAAAAGAUGAGGACUAUACUCCAGCUGGGGGUAUAAAUCCUAAUAUUGUCUACACCAUUACGGGAAGCAGUAGCUCUGCCUUUUCCCUCAUCGAAGGAUUCUUGUUCAUGUCCACUGAGGUCCCAGGAGGAAUUUACAACCUGCAGGUCAAUGCUGAAGACAUGGAGAGCUUUGAAACAGUAACAACUCAGCUCAGAGUGGAAGUGGUUCCAGAGCCCACCACCACUGUUCCUCCGACCACAAUCUCCACAGCACCCACCGAACCAACCAGCGAGCCCACCACUCCUGCUCCCACAACUGGUCCCACCACUGUUGUUACGCCCGACCAAACAUCUAACCCUAGCACAAUAGUAACUAACCCCACUUCAAAUCCUACCCCCACCCCCAAUGAAAGCGGCAAGACGACCAUCGGCACACCUGGAGUUAGCGAUCAAACGUCCAACCCUGUUCCAACCACUGAAGGCACCACGGGCAGCACAGCGCACACAGGCAGUGAGAUCAAACCUCCUGGAAGCUUUAGGUCAGCAGACAUGGCCGCGCUGGGAGCUACGCUGGGCUGUCUCCUGUUCAUCUGCAUCGUGGUGAUCGCUGUUCUCGCUGUCAAGCUCAGAAAAGGUGGUGCGGCUUGGAAAAAGAUCAACGAAGCCAGUGCCUUCAGGAGCUCUCUGGGCCCAUCCGGUCAAAAAGAGGGGGUCCAAUUCACAAAUGAAGCUUUCCAACAUGACGAUGGUGGCAAAGACAACAAAGGAGGUCCCUCUGGAGGUGGUCUGAAGAACGGCAGUGUUCACUCUGGUUUGGAGAUGGACAAACCCAAGUCCAGAUCUAUCCCGAGACCCCCUUCACCAAUUCAAGAUGAGGAAAAAGAGGUGAAGCCGAUUCUAACAAAGGACAAACUCAAAGAAGAUGGGUACAAGGCAGUUUGGUUUAAGGAGGACAUCGACCCUAAUGCCAAAGAGGACGUGGUGAUCAUCCCAGACAACAGAGCAGAAGAGGAAGAUGAGGAUGAGAUGAAGAUCCCCAAAGUGAAGUUUAAUGACACAGACAGGGACAGUGGACUUGGGGACAAAAUUGAGGACUCAGAGGAGGAUAAGGUUAUGUCAUCCAAUCUGUGAGACAUAGAAAACAAUUGAUUAGACAAUUACUACAAUCACGCCAGUAUACUUCAUUGAUCUAUAUAAAAAACAUGAUUUUCUUUCCGCCUUGGUCAAAAUUUCCAUUUUAGAUUGAUUUUAAAUGAACAUAGUGACCUAUAGGCUAUAGCUUCUUCUGAUGAUGCACACUUCACUGUGAUUAGCUAGAUCAUUCAGAGGAGUGGAUGGAGAAAGUCCUUCAGCCGCGUAGCGUUGUAUUAAACAAAAGGCAUUAUUCUUCAUAAACCAUUUAUAUUAUGUUUCUGCUAAAACUGGCUCUAAACUUGCUGUGUAACAUUUAAUGUACAUUUUAUGAACUCUUCAAACUGUACCUAAACA